GCUGUCUCUGGUCUGUAGCGAGCGGUCUGUGGAGAGCGCAGCCCAGAAAUGGUGUAGGAUAGCAGGAAAGCAGGAAGAAAUCAAACCCUAGGAGGGAAAGACAAGGCCUAGGCUAAAGCUUGCGUAGAGUGUGCCAGCGGGGCAGUCGUGGGUCAAAGGUGAGGCGUCGGGGCGGCACCAUGGAGGGCGAGCAGGGUCCUCCUGCCUCCAGUGCCAGCAACACAGGCACCUCCAGCUCCUCCACCAAUACCAACACUCCCCCCACCACCACCAGCACCAGCAGCGCCACCAACCCACCAAACACCCCCAGCAGCAGCAGCAGCAGUACCAGCUCAGCCAGCAGCACCAGCAGCAGCAGACAGACCGUACCACAGAUUUCAGUGUACAGCGGAAUACCUGACCGGCAGACUGUACAGGUGAUUCAGCAGGCCUUGCACAGGCAGCCCAGCACAGCAGCGCAGUAUCUGCAGCAGAUGUAUGCGGCACAGCAGCAGCACCUAAUGCUGCAGACAGCAGCUCUGCAGCAGCAGCACCUCAGCACAGCACAGCUACAGAGUCUGGCAGCCGUGCAGCAGGCCAGUAUAGCUGCUGGUAGACAGAACUCUACUCAGAAUGGGACUUCGUCCACCCAGAGUGGAUCAUCACAGACUACAAUUAAUCUAACCACGUCUCCUGCCACCGCUCAGUUAAUAAGCCGCGCCCAGAGUGUAAACUCCACCCCUUCUGGGAUCUCACAGCAGGCGGUGCUGCUAGGCAACGCCUCAAGCCCCACCCUCACCGCCAGCCAGGCACAGAUGUACCUGCGUGCCCAGAUGGCUCAGCAAAGUAACCUGGUUCAUGUAGCUCGGAGUCUAGGCCGCGCUGUUCCUCUCUCCCCCCAGCUCAUUCUCGCUCCUACAGCUACUGUUACUGCUCUCCAGUCAGACACCGGUACAAACAGUAAUACUUCGUCCGCAUCUGCACAGGUGCAGAAUCUUGCCCUGCGCAGCCACCAGGGGACAUCUUCCUCCUCUCAGUCCACAGGCCUGCAGGCCCUGAGCUUGAAGCAGAAUCCAGUCUCCAUCCAGCCCACCCCACUCAUCAAAACCACCAGCCAGGGAGCCACCAGCUCGGGGACCACCACAGGGAAAGGUGUGCUCCCUGGAGCUUCUGGAGAUGCAGGGAAGAAGCAAGAGAGUGGAGGAGAGACAGAGGCCAAGGCAGUGAAUAUGAGCCGCAGUGUCACAUCCUCUCAUCCCCUUAUCGCACCGGCGUACACCCAGAUUCAACCUCAAGCUUUGAUCAAGCAGCAACCUCAACAGUUCGUCAUUCAGUCCCAAGCUCCGCCUACUCCUCGGAUGCAGACAUUACUGCAGACAGCCUCCGUCCAGCCACACGCACAGACUGCCUCACUGGGCAUCCAGAGCUCUACACAGACCUCCUCUGGACCCAUCCCCGUCCUGCCCAAACCUCCCAAUCACAACCAAGGAACGGCUCCUAGCCAACAGGCCACUAUCUUCCACUCAACAGUGAGCCAGCAUGGAGCCCACUCCGGCCUGGGCCAACCCAAAGCUCAGCCUGUCCAGCUAACAGCCAUCAACCUGCAGAUUCAGCCUGCUCACAACCAGGUACGCCAUGGUACCGCCAGCACUGACCAAGCAACCAGCAGUCAGGCUUCCAGACUUGCUCAGGAUAGUAAGGAUAAACCCACAUCCCUGGUAAUGAGAGAGAUUUGUCCACCACUGGUCACGCAGGUCCCCACAUCCACCCCAUCCCAAGAGACCAAUCCUCCAGAGCCUCCCAAAGCUGACACAGGGACAACCACAAGCCAAACAGAUGGCUCGGCGGAGACGGGGACCGCGAGCGCGCCCAUGACGUCAGGGGCGGAGAGCGCGCGGCCGGCCAGCGCCGACAGCAGACCGCCACAGGCCGUGGUGAAGCCGCACGUGCUCACGCAUGUCAUCGAGGGUUUCGUCAUCCAGGAGGGAGCGGAACCGUUCCCCGUGGAACGGCCUCCAGUUCAGACUGACAGCCAUAAGAAAGCAGAGCAGCAGCUGCCCUCUGACCCAGAGAAAACCCCACUUAGCAACGCCCCCAACACCACCGACUCUGAGCCCGAGGAAACUGCACAACAAGAUGCAGGGGGCAGGGAUGAGGAGGAGCCAGAUGAGCCCAAGCUGACGUGUGAGUUUUGUGGCUGGGUCGACUUUGCCUAUAAGUUUAAAGGCUCCAAGCGCUUCUGCUCCAUGGUGUGUGCAAAAAGGUAUAACGUAGGGUGCUCCAAGCGGAUUGGCCUCUUCCACCCUGACCGGAGCAAAACAGCCAAUCGGUGGAAAAGAAGGUCACACAGUCGAGGUCGCAGAAGCACAGAGACGAAGAAACAGAAGUUAUCUGUGUCUCAGCAGUCUCAGGGAGAGUCCGUGUCCUCUCCACUCCCCUCUCAGCCUAGUCAGGGGGAGUCCAGCCCCUGCUCAGACAUCUCCAGCUACGAAGAGCCCCCCUCUCCGCUGUCCGCCGCCAGCUCUGGCCCUGUGGGGCCGCCUCGAGGGGUCACCACCUCAGACCCGGAAGACCUUCCUCUGCUCAGCCAACAUUUUUUGCCGUGUGACCCCACUAAGUGGAAUGUGCAGGAAGUGUUUGAGUUCAUCCGCUCACUGCCAGGUUGUCAGGAGAUUGCAGAUGAGUUCCGUUCUCAGGAGAUUGAUGGACAGGCCAUGCUGCUACUGAAGGAGGACCACCUAAUGAGUGCCAUGAAUAUCAAACUGGGUCCAGCACUCAAGAUCUUUGCCCGCAUUAAUAUGCUCAAAGACUCCUAGCCUUGGCAGGCAGUGUGUGUGUGGGUGGUGGGUGUGGGUGUGUGUGCAUGUGUGUGUGAGAAAGUGUUCUUUUAAGGUCACCUAAAUUUGACCUAAUGAAUGCAAAUGCACUACAAAUUUUUUUUUAAACUCCCUCCUGGCACAGUAUAUAUUUGGGCUACAGCUCAAAUCACACAUCAAUGACACAUAGAUUGAGAAAUGAAAGUGAAUAUUGAAGCUAGACUAUCAGAGACUAUUCUGAUGAAGAAUUGCACAAAUAAUGAGGUCCACCCACAGGUCCUGGGGACAUUCCUCUCAUCUUGUAGAACAUAAUUGGAAUAGAAUUAAAACCUUGAAGUACAGUACGUCUGCAGGUGACGUAUCAGGUCAAAACAACCACAGCUUACAGAUGGAUCAAGGUCCAAACUUUCAGAUCCAGCCCAAGCAUGAUAACACAGCAGCUUAAACUGUACUGAUAUUAGAAGAAGUUUUGUAAUUUUAUACCUUGUCCCAGGCUUCCUGUUCCACACUUUUCAAUUGUAUAUUAUUGUUGAUUUCAGAAAUUAUUUUUUCUUUUUGUACAUUCUUUUGUAUAAUUAUGUUCAAGUAAAUUAUUCAUAUGUGUGUGUGUGUGUUAGUGUGUGUGAAUGAGAGAGAGAUAGAAAGAGAGAGAGUUAAACCACAAAAAAUGUGCAAAAUGGUCAAAGUAUGGGAGUAAUUGAAUAUCAAACAUGGCAUUACAUUAGGUUGUUCAGAAUUGUUAUCAUAUGCCAUUAAAAAUUACUGUAACAGUUUUACAAUGGAAAGGCCAUAAGUUUGAUAUCUUUUUUCAGCAAUGCCUUUACUGGGUUAUACCUCCUUGGAAUCUUUUUGUAUCAAUACAAAGUACAGCUCAAACACUCGCCCUAUGGCACAGUCAUAUCUUGUGGUUUUGCUUGAGAUUUUGGAAUGAUAAAGUGUGCUUUUAUAUGUUCCUGGAUUUGUCAGUGUAUGUUGCUAGACAGGAAUGUGAUCAUGUCUUGUGUUUUUGUUGAGUAUACUUUGUGAAAUGCCUGUAUUUAUCAAAUGCAUUCAAUUUGUAAUAUAACAUUUUUUUUAA